CGCCCGCCCCGCGCCGCCAUGGAGGCGGCGGGCGCAGCCGGAGGUCCCGGCCCCGCUGCCCGGCCCCGCUCCCGCUGAGCCCCGCGCGUCCCUCGCCCUGCAGCAUGAGCGGCGGCGGCGGCGGCUCCUCGGCACCCGGCCGCUUCGCCGACUACUUCGUCAUCUGCGGGCUGGACACCGAGACCGGGCUGGAGCCGGACGAGCUCUCCGCUUUAUGCCAGUAUAUACAGGCCUCUAAAACCCAAGAUGGUGGCAGCCGUUUCAUUUCAAGUGCAACAGAAGGGGAAAAUUUUGAGCAGACUCCAUUAAGACGCACAUUUAAAUCCAAAGUUCUUGCUCGCUAUCCUGAGAAUGUUGAAUGGAACCCUUUUGACCAGGAUGCAGUGGGAAUGCUGUGUAUGCCUAAAGGGCUUGCUUUCAAGACACAAGCAGAUUGCAGAGAACCUCAGUUCCACUCUUUCAUUAUCACUCGUGAAGAUGGCUCGCGGACAUUUGGAUUUUCUCUCACGUUUUUUGAGGAGGUCACUAGCAAACAGAUCUGCAGUGCAAUGCAGACCCUGUACCACAUGCACAAUGCUGAGUAUGACAUUCUUCACAGCCCUCCCUCCAAUGACAAGGAGAGCUGCAGCAGCACUGGGGACUGCAAUGGCACCUCUGUCUCAAAGCUGCAGCGGUUUAACUCCUACGACAUCAGCAGAGACACUCUCUAUGUCUCCAAGUGCAUUUGUCUGAUUACUCCAAUGUCUUUCAUGAAAGCUUGUAAGAAAGUUCUGGAACAGCUUCACCAAGCAGUGACUUCACCUCAGCCACCACCGCUACCUUUAGAGAGCUACAUCUACAAUAUUCUCUAUGAGGUUCCUCUUCCUCCAGCAGGAAGGUCAUUGAAGUUUUCAGGUGUUUAUGGACCAAUUAUCUGCCAGAGGCCAAGCACCAAUGAACUACCAUUGUUUGAUUUUCCUGUUAAAGAAGUUUUUGAAUUGCUUGGAGUAGAAAAUGUGGUUCAACUCUUUACCUGUGCCCUUUUGGAGUUUCAGAUACUGCUUUAUUCACAGCAUUAUCAGAGGCUGAUGACAGUGGCAGAGACCAUCACAGCACUAAUGUUUCCAUUUCAGUGGCAGCACGUGUAUGUUCCUAUCCUUCCAGCAUCCCUCCUUCAUUUUCUAGAUGCUCCUGUCCCUUACCUCAUGGGCUUGCACUCUAAUGGACUGGAUGAUAGGUCUAAGCUGGAACUUCCUCAAGAGGCAAACCUGUGCUUUGUGGAUGUAGACAACCAUUUCAUUGAGCUGCCAGAAGAUCUACCCCAGUUUCCAAAUAAACUUGAGUUCAUUCAGGAGAUUUCAGAGAUUCUGAUGGCUUUUGGAAUUCCACCUGAGGGAAACCUGCACUGCAGUGAAAGUGCCUCCAAGAUGAAGAGCCUCAGAGCAUGUGACCUGGUUUCUGAUAAAAGAAAUGGGAACAUAGCAGGAUCACCUCUGAAUUCCUAUGAGCUGCUAAAGGAAAAUGAGACUAUUGCAAGACUCCAAGCACUUGUUAAAAGAACAGGUGUGAGUCUGGAAAAGCUGGAGGUACGAGAAGAGACUAGUAGCAAAAAGGAUCUUAAAAUUCAGUGUGAUGAAGAAGAAUUCAAGAUUUACCAGCUGAACAUUCAGAUUCGGGAAGUUUUUGCCAACCGCUUCACACAAAUGUUUGCAGAUUAUGAAGUGUUUGUCAUUCAGCCCAGUCAGGACAAGGAAUCCUGGUUUACAAACAGAGAACAGAUGCAAAACUUUGAUAAAGCUUCUUUCUUGUCCGACCAGCCUGAACCUUACUUGCCUUUCCUCUCGAGAUUCCUGGAGACCCAAAUGUUUGCAUCCUUCAUUGACAAUAAGAUUAUGUGCCAUGAUGAGGAUGACAAAGACCCUGUUUUGAGAGUUUUUGAUUCCAGGGUGGAUAAAAUCAGGCUGCUGAAUGUCAGGACACCGACUCUGCGCACGUCUAUGUAUCAGAAAUGCACAACCAUUGAUGAGGCUGAGAAAUCUAUUGAAUUAAGGCUGGCAAAAAUAGAUCACACUGCAGUUCACCCACACUUGCUGGACAUGAAAAUUGGACAAGGGAAAUAUGAGCUUGGAUUUUUUCCUAAGCUUCAGUCUGAUGUUUUAUCCACUGGCCCAGCAAGCAAUAAGUGGACAAAGAGGAAUGCUCCUGCUCAGUGGAGGCGCAAGGACAGGCAGAAGCAGCACACGGAGCACCUGCGUCUGGACAAUGACCAGAGAGAGAAGUACAUCCAGGAAGCCAGGAACCUGGGCAGCACCAUCCGGCAGCCCAAGCUCUCCAACCUCUCUCCAUCAGUAAUUGCACAAACAAACUGGAAGUUUGUAGAAGGCUUGUUGAAGGAAUGCAGAAAUAAGACUAAGAGGAUGUUGGUUGAGAAGAUGGGUCGAGAAGCUGUGGAGCUUGGUCAUGGUGAAGUGAAUAUCACUGGAGUGGAAGAGAACACCCUGAUUGCCAGUCUGUGUGACCUCUUGGAAAGAAUAUGGAGCCACGGUCUGCAAGUCAAACAGGAUAGAAGCUGUACUGCUUUCGUCUUAGAAGACAGAGCAUCAGUUUACUCUGCCUCAAGCCAGGUUUGGGCCUUUCAGAGCAGCAGACGGCCAACCCUUCAUAAGGGAAAGUCUGCUCUGUGGUCUCAUCUGUUACAUUACCUAGAGAACAGACAAAGAAGAACCACAUCAGGCAGCUUCAGUACCUCAGGAAUACUUCUUGAUUCAGAAAGACGAAAGUCUGAUACAAGUCCAGCCAUGUCACCUCUCAGAAUCUCUCUCAUCCAGGAUAUGAGGCAUAUCCAGAACAUAAGUGAGAUCAAAACAGAUGUUGGCAAGGCCAGAGCCUGGGUUCGCCUCUCUAUGGAGAAGAAGUUGCUCUCCAGGCAUCUGAAGCAGUUGCUUUCAGAUCAUGAACUCACAAAGAAGCUCUACAAGCGUUACGCGUUCCUCCGCUGCGAUGAUGAGAAGGAGCAGUUCCUGUAUCAUCUCCUGUCAUUCAAUGCUGUGGAUUACUUCUGCUUCACCAAUGUUUUCACAACAAUCUUGAUACCAUACCAUAUCUUGAUUGUGCCCAGCAAGAAACUCGGUGGCUCAAUGUUCACAGCCAAUCCUUGGAUCUGUAUUUCGGGGGAGCUGGGGGAAACAGGGGUCCUGCAGAUUCCCAGGAACAUAUUAGAAAUGACUUUUGAGUGCCAGAACCUGGGAAAACUGACCACAGUGCAAAUAGGACAUGAUAAUUCAGGGCUGUAUGCCAAGUGGCUUGUGGAAUAUGUUAUGGUCAGAAAUGAAAUAACAGGGCAUACUUACAAGUUUCCCUGUGGAAGGUGGCUGGGGAAGGGGAUGGAUGAUGGCAGCUUGGAGAGGAUCCUGGUGGGAGAGCUGCUGACUUCCCACACGGAGGCCGACGAGCGGCAGUGCCGGACCCCUCCCCUGCAGCAGUCUCCAAGCAUGAUCAGGAGAUUUGUCACUAUCUCACCAAACAACAAGCCAAAGUUAAAUACUGGUCAGAUACAAGAAGCUAUUGGUGAAGCUGUUAAUGGUAUUGUCAAGCAUUUCCACAAGCCAGAGAAGGAGAGAGGCAGCCUGACCCUGCUGCUGUGUGGAGAAAGUGGACUUGUGUCAGCUCUGGAGCAAGUGUUCCAGCACGGAUUUAAAUCACCAAGACUCUUCAAGAACGUCUUCAUUUGGGACUUUCUAGAAAAAGCACAAACAUACUAUGAGACCCUUGAGCAGAGUGAGAUGGUCCCAGAGGAGAACUGGCAGACGAGGGCCAGGAAUUUCUGUCGCUUUAUCACUGCUAUCAACAACACCCCCAGGAACAUUGGGAAGGAUGGCAAGUUUCAGAUGCUGGUGUGUCUUGGAGCCAGAGACCACCUUUUGCACCACUGGAUCGCCCUGCUUGCAGACUGCCCCAUUACAGCCCAGAUGUAUGAGGACAUGGCCCUGAUUAAGGAUCACACGCUGGUGAAUUCUUUGAUUCGGGUGCUGCAGACCCUGCAGGAGUUCAACAUCACCCUGGAGGCAUCUCUGGUCAAAGGAAUUGACAUCUGACCUCCUGUCCCACAGGAAAAACUGUCUUUACACACCCAACAAAAAGCAACAAGGAGUGAGCCUUGUUAGUAUGCAAAAGUUCUGUCUUGCCAGUACAUUGUAUCGUGAACUUGUUCAUGGCCCAGAAAUGCAACUUUGACUUUUCUUGAAGGAAACUCCAGAAAUAGUACAGGCAAAUGGAUAGAAGCUGUAAACUCAAUGUAAAAAAGAGGAUUUUCGUAUAAAUCUAUUUUAGAGUUUAUUUGCUGAUUUGCUUUUUACACACUUUCAUGUGAAAGAGAUAGAGAUGAGUAUUGUGCAGCUUAUUUUAAAGCUGCAGUAUUUCCUUGCCAUAGAAAAUGUGCAGUGAGCCUUUCAGCAUUCUGUGAACUUGCCUUCAGAUAUGCUGUAUGUCAUAGACCCCAGUGUAUACACUCCAUUUCUGCUGAGAAGGUCAUUCUAUAGUUUUUAAACUAAUAUUUUAUAUAUUAACAUUAUUACCAAUGUUUGAUUUUUAAGGUGUUGGGUCAUGUUCUGCUGCAAGGGAACUACAGAUUUGAUCUCUGCUUUUAAUAGCUCCAAAGCACUGAUUUGUCAACAAUUAUUUUUUUCCUUUAUUUUUGUUGUCAGUAUUAUUUUUAGUGAAAUCCAGGAGACUGAACCGUGAAAUGUCCAGAGAUCAAAGUAAUAUUUUUCAUAUUGGUACGUAAUUGCACAGAAGAAGAAAUUAAGCCUGUUUUUUAACUGAUGUUUUUUAUUUAUUUAACCUAUCAUUGUGUUUUGUAAGUUUGUCUUUAAAAAAAAAAAAAUCUUCUAUGAUACAACUGGCUAUAUUAUGUUGCAAUUCAGAAUUUACAGUGUAGCCCACUUAAAUGAAAAACCUGGAAUAAUUGUUCAUAACACAAGAACAUUUCCACUUAAACCAGCCUUUUGAAGCUUGGUAUAUGGUUGCUGCUGGUAAUUCUCUUAACUGCUAAUAAAGAGGGACAUGAGUUCCCCAGAUGCCAGAUGACUAAAUAAAAAUCUUUAUGUCCCAUCUGAAGUAAUAACAGUAUACCUUACUAACAAGUAAAAAGAUUUCUUAAUGUUUCUGAAAGGACAGUGGUAUUAAGGUUUUUUCUUUUCCUUUUGAGUGCAUAUGUCUUGGAUCCCAUUGUCACAGUCUGCUUCAUUUGGGCUUUUGUUUUUAGCAAAGAAAGUUUAGGCCAUUUCUGCUAUGAAACACAAACAUUUUGAAAGCUUAAUUUAUUGGAGAUCUGGAACUUGGCAAAUGCCUAAAGGCAUCUCUGUUCAUUUGACUCCUCUGAUAAAAAUCUCUUUGAAAUGAAUAUGUGACUUAAGAACAGGCUGAUUUAUCAGCAUCACAAAUUACUGUACAGAAGUUCAGGGCUGUGUAUUUAAGAGGUCUCCACUGUAUAAACUUAUCUCAGUAUUGUCUCUCUUUGGAGAAGCAGAAUCCGAGUUUUUUGGUUCAUAGAAUGUUGUAGCACCUUUACCUACAGCUUAGUCACAUCUUGUGAUAGUUUUAUUUCCAUAAUUUAUGAGUAUAGCACAUGUAUUAAAUUUUUGACUAUUUUUAAUUUUGUCCUAUUUAUUUCAUUAUUAAACUGAGAAGUUCCUUUGUCACUACU